AUGCACCUCCCACCAAGCCAUGCAGUGCGGGACCUGCCCACUCUUCAUGCGUUCAUUCAGCAACACCCCCUCGGGGUCUUGACUACCUCCCUGCCUGGAAAGCACCCAACUCUCCAAUGCAGCCACAUCCCCUGGGUGCUAGACGAUGUUUCAGCCCCGCCGGAGAUCAACCCCAGCAAUGGAGUGCCCGAGCCAUCACUGGGCAUUUUGCGCGGGCACAUCGCCCGCGCAAACCCACAAGGAAAGGCAAUGAUCGAAGCCUCGCGCAUUGAAUCCACUCCCAUGCCAGGCACAUUUCCAACGGACGAACCUCAGUCCCCGAGCAUUGGCCACACUCUCCCCGAGGAAGCCUUGAUCAUCUUCACCAGUCCUGUAGACCACUACAUCUCCCCCAACCUCUACACGGACUCGAAACCAGGUGGGCGCGUCGCGCCAACCUGGAACUACGCCGCCGUGCAAGUCUACGGCCAUGUGACCCUUCACCAUGAAGCUCAAGACCCACAUACCGAGUCAUUUUUACGACAGCAGCUAGGUGAUCUAGCUCGGCUGGGCGAGGAGGGAAUCAUGGGCUAUGAAGGGACGAGUCCGCAACCUCGGAGUAACGGGCUAGGAAGCGCUAGUGCGGCAUCGCCGAAACCUUGGGAAAUUGCCGAUGCGCCAGGAGAGUACAUUGCAGCCCUGUUGAAGAACAUCAUCGGGAUGCGGAUUGAAAUUACGCGCAUUGAAGGCCGGUUUAAGGUUAGUCAGGAAAAAGGAGCAGGGGAUCGGGGUGGGGUUGUGGAGGGAUUGCAGGGGAUGGGAGGAAUGGCGACGAAUAUGGCGGACUUUGUUCGUCGAGGCCGAGUCCUUGAUCCAUCUGCACGUGGGAUUAGAGGUGUUUAG